AUGUUCGUUGUGCGGCAGGCGAGGACACCGAUGACGUUGUUCCGAAAAUACUGGAUUUCGGCCCCUUCCUGCAGCAAAAGCCUCGCCACAGCUCCAUCUAGCCUGAAACCUCUGACGGAGGAAGAGUUCAAGGUGACGCCGAGGGCUGUCAAACGGUUAAAGGUUUAUUCCGUGAAGUAUUGGGAAUUUUUGAAGCAAAAAAACGAUUUUUUUAGAGAAAGAUUUGAUCAAAAACUAACGUUUUAAUGAUUUUUUUAAAGAAGAGAAUGAGCCUCUUUCUUACCUACAAAAAUUUAUAACUGGUCACGCUUUCCAUAAAAAUAGUCUUUAUAACCAUUUUUGUAUAUUUUUUCUUUAAUCGGUGAAAUUUAUUACAUUGCGGAAAAUGAAAGUUCAGUGUCCCGUCUUUUUAAAAAAAAAAUCCAUAAAAAUUCCUCUGAACUGAGAUUUUUGAGGAAGUUGCCGAGGCCGGAGAACGGCUGCGAGUAGAAGUGGACGGUGGCGGCUGCUCAGGCUUCGAGUACAAAAUCAGGUUGGACAAGAAACUCAACGCCGAUGAUCGACUUUGGCACGGCGCAGAAGACGUGGAGAUCGUCGUUGACGAGGUUUUCCUUUUUCGUAUUUGAUUGUAUUUUGAGCUGCUUAUAGGAUUGAUUGAUUAUACUUUGAAUUUUGAAACAAAACGUGCUUUGUAGAAAAACUGUGCGGAUUACAGAAUAGCUGAAAAUUGACUUUCAAAAUGUUCCAUCACGAAAUUCCGGUCGAAAAAGCCUGAAAAGGGGUAAAAAAUGUUCCAAUAUUUCAGUUUCUUAAGGAAUCUUUUCUACACCUCAACUUCGGUCUCUUUUUUAAAACGUUCAAAAAGCCAAAAUACUAACUGUAUAACUAAUUUAUAAUAUUUGCCGAUUGCCACACCUCCACUGUCUUGUCCCAAAAGUUUAUAAAUAAAGUAUGGUAGAAAAUUGUCUUCUUUUUUGAAAAUCUUAUCGGUUUGAAAUGAACUUGACGAUUUUCGUCUCGAUGAAGGGAGUGCAGAGGCUCAUUAAAGUAUCAAAAUAGCGAAAAUCGAGAAAUCUCAGCAUUAAAAGUGAAAAAUUGAUGUUUCAAUUUAUGAAAAAAACUUUUAAAACAAUUAUUUAUUAUGCGAAUCAUGGUAUAAAUGUUUCAUCUACAGUCAACUUGGUAUUUAGGUAGGGGAAAUGAUAUUUGGUUGAUACAUAAAUUAAUUAACGUGUUGAUAAAAAUGACAUAGUUUGGGAUUUUUCUGGUCGCCACAAAAUAUUAAUAAGCGUCCCUUUACCGAGCUAUCUGUUCUUUCUGAGAUUCUAAAAGCUCAAUGAUUGGUGGAGAAAGGGAGAGGCAGCAAAAUGGUGUAUAAGAGCCGAUAAAAUGGCACAAAAGGGCAGCAAAAAAGGAACUUUUGUCACCUUAAAAGGAACAUUUCUUUGAAGCCUUUACCACCCUUUCCGACUUUGCCUAUGAAUAGGAAAAAGACAAAUGACCUUUUAGGAUUUCUAAACAAAAAUUUUGACUUAAUUUUUUUAUAGAUGUCGCUGGGGUACAUGAAAGGAGCGACGGUUGACUUUGUCGAGGACCUCAUGAAAUCCUCCUUUCGCGUCGUCAACAACCCAGUCGCCGAGAAAGGCUGUUCCUGUGGCACGAGUUUCGCAGUUAAAAUGGAUUAAAUUAUCUUAUUGAGAAAAUAAUAUUUUUUAGCCUCUAGAUUCUCUCAAACGCUAGAUUUUUAUUUUAUUUCCCUCCCAGAGCUUGCAUAAAUGAAUCAGAACAGCUUUUGGUGGUUUUUGAAGGAGUCUUUUAUUUCACAAAGCCUUCAAAAAUACGAAUAAGCCGUUAUGAUCGAACUAUUCACUACAGUACAUUUUAUUAGGAUCCCAAUUUACACAGUUUACUUUUUCUUGUAAAUACACAUUUUCUGUUCCAUUUCUGUUUCUCCACCGGUUUUCUUUUCUUCAAUUCGUGAUUUGAUUUGAUUGAUUUUUUUUAAUUGCGUAAUAAAACUUGAUUUAUUUUUUAUCUGGUUUUUCGAAUCAAAAUUACCGUAACUCGGUGUUCCUAUCGACAUAAGAAAAUAAUGCUGAACAUAAAUUUUUUUGUUUCGAAAUAGUCACUGUCUUCGAAAAUCAUGUAGAAGGUUUACACAUUAAUGUACAUUAUUUAACUUUUGAAGAAUUUUUUUUGCCAGAUAUUUUUGAGUGAAAGAAUAUUCCACUUUUUCAAUAUUUUGAUAUAGCUGAUUAACGGCUGGCUUGAGCCAUCGAAAAAAUGGUCCUGACACGAUAAUGCACAAGACAGCGCCUGGCUCGUGGAGAGGGCAGACAGUACACGCCCCCUUAACGUCCCAAGCUCGCCGUGAAUCAGCUAUAGCUUGGGACGCUAAGAGGGGGUGGCCUGUCUGCGCUCUCCUCGCGCUAUCUCGUGCAUUAUCGUGCCAAGACCCUUUUUUUGAUGGCCCAAGCCAGCCGUGAAUCAGCUAUACACGGCAAAAAAAAAUAAAGUGCAAAAGGCGAGAUAAAGAAUCCAAAAAUAACGAGUUCAGCGUUUCCACAGUAUGCUGCCUUCGUUGGUGCGUUUUUCGUGUCGAAAGACGCUGGCGACGGCGUCCUCCUCCAAGUUCCUCUUCUGCACGCAGAGCUGCAGCAGCCAACAACAGAACGAAAUGAUUUUUACGCGGUUACGAGACAGCCAUCGAAACCACAGACGGAAUGGGCGCGAGAGAAAUUGGUCUAGAAAGUUCCAAGUUUGAAAAGUUUUAUUGGAAUUCAGGCGGUGGCAGGGUGUGAUGGGAGCGCAGAUGCUGGCAUUAUCAUGGAUGGUAACUAUCAAAGACGUCCUCGGCAUCGAAAAAAUCCAACUCGAUGCAGAUCCCUUGAAGGAGAAAGUCAAACAGGCAUGUUCUAAUUAUUGGGACCAGAAAAUGACAAUUUUUUUCUAAUUUUCAAUGCCUUGUGGAGAAGAUAUUUCCAAUUCGGUUCUCUCUGUCUUUUCCCAAAACCGUUAGAAUUUUCUCUCGGCAGAAUUAUUUGAUUAAGAGCGAUCCGUCAGAUCUGUAAUAUUUUGCCAUUUUUAAUGGGUUUCAAUGGGCUUCAAGAAUUUCUGUCUGUUGCCUCACUGGCCUCUGGUCUAGGCCAGGAUGGUCCAAGUGAUUAAAAUAAUCUAUACUACUGAGAAAAAUUCUAGUGGCGACUCAAGUGGGUCCUCAAGAACUAUUUGGAGAGGACUCUAAAAUGGCCACUAAAACCAUCUCUAUAGAAGCUCUUAUUCUGCGUCUUAGUGACCAUUUUAGUAGUUUGAGUAGCCUAGUAGUACCUCUUAGACUUCUAAAGAGGCUAAUAGUUUCCAGCCACUUAAGUGGCCACUAGUUCGACCACUCACUAAAACGUCGAAACCCUAAAGUGGCCACUAAACAUUUUGCCCAUAAGCUUUUCUGCAGCAUUCAAAAAUGGCUGAUCUUUGAAUUUCAGGAAGACAAUGCUAUAAAAAAGGUCGAUAAAAUACUAGAGUAAAGUUUUGAAAAAGGAGCAAUGUAGCUUCUUGGAAGAUUUAUAGACAUUUAGGUUCUCGGUGGAUCUCGAAAGCAUCUGUAUAACGGAAAUAGGAUUUUUUGCAGUCGUGGCUCUACCGAAAGCGUGGACAAUACAACGAGGCGACACAAGUGCUGCAGAUUGCGCUCGAAGAGGCCGAACAACGCAAAGAGCCGUUUCCCAUAACGAGGUUCCGCGCGACGACUCCAAGCAAGAUAGCCCUUUCUUGCAGGGUUUAUGACGAAAUGGCGAACACCUUCUACGAGAUGGGGGAUUUUGAAGAGGCCGACAAGUAUUUUCGAAUUGUUAUUCAGAGGUUUUUUUUUCAUCCAAAAGUCCUAGUCUCAUUCAGAAAUCUUUUGAAAUGUUUUAACUUUUAACGGCUCUAGCUUCUUUCAAAGAUUUCUUAUAGCUUAUGAAAGUUUAAUCAUUGAUUCUAGUCUCAUCCAGAAGAUAUGUUUUGAGUUCAGAAGGUUCCCUAGUAAGAUCAGAACUUUUCAGACUGGUCCAGCUUCACGGGAAGAAAGAUUUUGAUCCAGAGUUUAUUGGAGUUUCUUUAAAACUGGCCGACAUUUUGGCUAGGAAAGGAGAUUUGGAAAGCGCCGAGAGCGGCUUCAAACACUGCGUACGGAAGCAGAUGCAGGUAAAAAUUGGAAAAUGUCAUUUUGAGAAGUUUUGGGACGCCCGCGGUCGCGAAAAGGCGCAUUGUACAUCCAACUUUUGCCGCAGUGAAUAUUUUGGUUCACUAGCAAUAGUGUUAAUUUCUUUAAAUCCAAAAAAAACGGAUAAACUAGCUUGAAACAUCGGAAUAACGUAACUUUUUCACAGCUGCAUACGUCGAAAUUGCAAAAUACCUCGAACUGAAGUUCUAGGUUCAAAAACUACUCACUAGGGAAUGUUCUCAGCUCACAGUGGGACUUCUGAAUGAGUUCACUAGAUGUAAUUUCUUACGCUGAUUCCGAUUCUGUGCUCAAUAGUUGCCCUCGACGCCUGUGAGAAAAGUUGGGGACUGUUAAAGCCGAAAAAAUUUGAUGUCUCCGAUUGAACUCCUUUUUGGAAGGUAGCAAGUCCUUGUCCCUGUGGUCAAGAAAAAUUAUCUUUUUUUUUAACUCCGGAAACUUGACGACUUCGACAGCCCAUAACUUCUGUCACAGGCCUCGACGGCAACUAUUGAGCACAGAUUCGGAAUCAGCGUGAAAAAUACAUCUAGCGAACCUAGUCUCAUUCACCCACUGUAAGCUGAGGACAUUCCCUACUCAGAUUGAUUUUACUGAAUUUUGAACAAAAAUGGUUUCCAGGUGAUGGAAGAGCACAUGAAAAAGUUCAGCGUGGCUCACGGAGCCCUGGUCGAAGAUCGGCAUACGGUAGACACUCACGGACCCAUUUUCACGGAUCCGAUCGCCUUGUUUGGAAUGGCUCUCGAGGCGUAUGCUCAUUUCAUUGUUAGUCUAUCUCCAAUUCUGAAAAAGAUCAGAAAAUCUUUGCUCCGCUAAUUUUCAUGGAACAUUCCCAUUUUAUUAUACCCACUUUGCCAAAAUUUGGAAUUUUCUGACUUCUCUGUGCCCUCUCUUCUCUCAAAUAUCUUGUCUAUAUGAUCUUUUCGGUAGGACAGAAGAGAGUGCAGACAGGUCAGAAUGUUUUCAUUUAAUGGUAAAUGAUCUUCGAGGGGUAAAGUGGUCCCUAAAGGGGAACUUUCAAUGGUCCGUACGGUUGCCCCUAUAGUGACCACUCUAGAGUUUCUGAGGAUUUGAAAAAGUAUUAUUUCGGUCUUCGGGAACCAGACGCAUACCGUUUUCCCACAGACGUUUCUGCGCAUUUCUAGUGAUCCCUUCAGCGACUUUUGCGCUCUUAAGUGAUUACUUAAAAUUCUCCGGAGCACUUCCGAGCUCGGUAAGCGGUAACGCAAAACGGACGUGCUCCGGACAUUCCUAUGUGAUUCUAGAGAUCACUUAAGGGUUCUGACACUCCUAAAGUGGUCACUAGAAACGUCCGUUUCGGGUUACCAAUGUCCGAGAGUUUGCUAAAUGAAAAGUUUCCUUAUUCAUAGAGCGAAAUUGUGGCAAAGAACUGAAAUUUUCAGGUAGAUAACUUUGAAGAGGACCGUCUACCAGAGGCAGAAGAAUACAUGGACGAAGUUUUAAAGGUUUUACGAGUUCUGUAGUUUAUAGUUGUUUCACCGGUGGUUUGGGACAUGUUCCAUUCCAAAACUUCCCAUUUUUCUCCCAAUAAUGGCCCAAGCCAGGCGGUGAUCCAACUUCACCAUCGAAUCAUCGACCGGACAGACUUCUGACUUGUUCAGAUUUCGUAUCAGAUUUACGGGACGAGCUCUCCGCACACGGUUACGUUGUUGAACAAUUUCGGCGCUGCCUUGAUUUUGAAACAUAGGUUUUCUAUCUAGAACGUGAUUGGUCAUUCGAAUAAAUGUGUAGAUUCAAACUGGCGUUGAAGUACUUGGCGAUCGGCAUCGAUCGGAUAUUGUACGUCAACGAGUGCGCCCACAUGCUUCCCGGGUACUACUGCAACUACGCCGAGGCUCUUUAUCACAAUGAUCGAAGGGUUUAACUUUUAAUUCUAAUUUUGAUAGGCACUCUGUGUAUGCGCCUUUAAUAUAAUGUAAAUCGCUUCGAAAAAAUAAUUUUUUCCAGCCCGAUUCGCACCAGCGGUUUUUAGUUCUCUCCGAGCUAUAGAACCGUUUGAGAAAGCUCUAAAAUUUUCCGUUAUAUUGAAGGCACAUACACAAAGACAGGCUGCGUGUAUCGAAGGGAACUGCUCUUUAACUUGCAGGAAAAUAAAAAUUGUGCAAUCUGGUGCGGAAUUGGUUGUAUUAAGCUUUUUCUGCUGUUUUCCGAGCCCUUUUUCUUUGAAUAGACCCAAAAAACAAGAAAAAAUUUGAAAUAUUCUCAGAAACUGAAAGAUUCUUUAAAACGAUAGGUCCUUUUUUGGAAGCCUUUCAAAUCCAAAAAUACCUCACAGGGCUUUUUCUUACUAAUUUAUUGCUAUUAGCAGCUAAUUUCUAAGUUCUAGAGUUCUACUGCCUAGAUCUGACAAGAAAAUAAGGAUUUCUUCGUUUUAGAAAGAGAUGAAAAUUGCUUUUCCUUAUCAAAAAUCAUCCCCGUAAAAGAAAAUAUUUUUGUUGUCCACAAAUAGGUUUCAUCAGGCGAUAUACUGUACUUACGGUUGACUUAAAAAAAUAAAAAUAAAGAAUAAACAAGCCCAUUUUUUUGGCGUUUAUCUCACUGUUCAUUCAUGGUUUCUUAUUGUUUACUUCCUUGUUUUUUUAAUGGGGAAUAAUUUAACAAAAAAAUUUGAGCGGAACGUGCAAAAAGGGAUUGGAAACUCUUCGAAAAAAAUAUACAAAACAAGUGGCUUUUUUCUGAAAUCUGAAGCCAACAAAUUUCAAAAUUAUUUUUGACUCUCCUAAAUUUAGUCAUCUUUUCCAUUCUCUGACGGCUAUGUUGCUAUUCACGGAAUCACAUUCAUCAUGAUAUAAGAUUUUUCUUACGCAUGUUACAAAUAAAAAAGUUUUAAAGACUUUCAAAAAGUAUAGAAAAGUGGGUAGCGCUUCUUUGAAGUAUCAUACUUACAGGAAGAAGCUCUAGAUUUCGCCAAAAAGGCGGUUACUUUGAGCCGAAGCGCCGAUCCGCGAGUACAAAGUUACGCCCAACAGUACCUUCGUGACCUCGAGAAGGACCUCAACAAAGGACGAAAGAAAACUUGGUGGAUUUUCUAG